AUGCAUUCAAGAAACCAUCUGAACGUCUACAAGGGCCCCGACUCACUGAAGGACUACUUCAAUCCUGAUGUAGCACCACUGCUCCCUCUCGUGGAGGUGCCGGGGCAUCUCAAUCCCUACCGAGAGUAUGGCGUACGCAUUUAUGCCAAGAUGAUGACUAUGCAUCCUGCGAACAAUGUCAAAGCGAUUCCAGCUCUUCAUCUCCUUCAACAUGGCGUCGUUGCCGACAAGACCAAGACUAUCGUAGAGUCCAGCUCCGGUUCGACAGUGAUCUCGAUGGCUAUGGUUUCUCGCGCCCUCUACGGCUUGAGUGAUGUCCACGCUUUCCUCAGCAACAAGACUACUGCUGCAAAGCUGAGACUAAUGCAAUUCUUUGGGCUGAACAUCACAUUAUUCGGCGGGCCUUCCCAGUUCGAGCCAGACGAUAAACGUGGGGGUAUCUGCGCCGCAAAGUGUUGGGCAGAACAGUCUGAAUCUGUUGUCAACCCGGAUCAAUAUCAUAAUGAUCUUAUCCUAGAGCAACUACCAGAAAUCAAUGUGAUCUGUGCUGGGAUGGGCACUUCCGGUAUGGCGAGUCUCUGGAUUGGAACAAUGGCAGGUUUGGGAAGCUUCUUUAAAGAGAGGAGACCAUCUGUUUAUCGCCUCGGCGUGUGCACUGCUGCAGGCAACCGCGUGCCGGGGCCCCGGCCUAUGGCACUGCUGUCAUCUGUAACGUUCCCCUGGAGGUCAGCUGUCGACCACGUUGAGGAAGUUGCAUCCUACCCAUCAUUCGCCUUGUCUCUGCAACUUUGCAGAAGCGGCAUCGUGGGCGGGCCUUCCUCCGGGUUCAAUCUUCAGGGAUUGUAUCAGUUCCUAGAGAAACGAAAGCAGAUGGGAACCCUGGCCCAGCUCGCGGGGAAGGAUGGCGAGAUUCACUGCGUUACAUUGUGCUGCGAUCUCCCGUACCAGUACAUUGACGAGUACUUUGAUAAAUUGGGACCAGAUCCUUUCCCUGCUAUACAAAAUGAUGAACUAACUCAAGUCGACCUGUAUAGUUAUGACUCAGUAUGGGAGAAGGAACCGCUACAAGCUCUUGCCGAAUUCUACACUCUUGGCAAAAUAUCUGCUAGCGAAAUUCUGUCGUUAUCGAAAGGACAAUCGGAUAAAGGCCGUGGAUGGCAGACGAAUGGGUUCCCGGCCCCUGACUCAAUCAUCGUUGACUUGCGACAAUCUGAGGAUUUCCAGCAAUUCAGCCUUCCUGGAUCCAUUAAUUACCCUUUUGUCGAGUCCCGUUCCCCCAGUCCUUUUACAAACCCGAAAGUUCUGGCAUCACUCUGGCGGCGACUUGAGUCGAGCCUCGGAUCAGCGGAUCAUUUCAUCUGCUCACAAAUACACGGCAAACGAUCGCUCAUACUCUGUUACGAUGGAGAUUCUGCUCGUGUUGCAACUAGCGUUCUGCGAGCAAAAGGAUACAAAGCGGAUAGUAUCAACGGUGGUGUCGCGGCUAUUGAUCCCAAGACUUACACCGCGUGUGAGAUAAAAGGUCGACGAGAGACUUCCUUUACUCAAAAGGCGGUGGGGUCAAAGACGAGCGUGCGCCAGGAUGGAACUUCGUGUGAGCGCGGAAGCGGAAGAUACCUAGCAAGCUUUUCCAUGUGGAAUCCAGGAAGAGCUGAGGCUGAAUCAGAAGUUGGGAAAUGUAAGCUCAAAUACAUCUCCCAAUGUCUCGGUCAAGCAAGUCCAGAUGCUCUUGCAGACUGCAGUGAACGAGGUGGAAAGAGCGAGCUCGGUGGGUUCCACGCCUGCUGGCCACAGCGUCCCGGCUCUGGGAGCCUUGGAAGCCUUGGCCCCGUCUUUCAUCAUAUUCCUUUUGUCCACUUCGACGUGAAAGCCGCCAAAGGGCAAGCUGAUGGGGGUGCUUGUUAUGUUGCAAAGCGCCGAUCCCGAGUUGCGGCGUCGAGACAAGGGGGUUCCAAUUCCCAGAAUCACAUGCUCAUGCAGUUCGGCUACAACCACCUUGUCCUUAAACUCUCGGACUGGGAACUGGGCCUCCCGCACCCGUCCAAUAGUAACGCCGGUGUCGAGGCCAACCUUGAAGACAAGAUCGGUGUCUGGGUCCCGGGUGUGAGAACAACCGACCAUGGUCCCGUCCCUGGUAACCAGCUGAACCAACUGGACGCGGAUACCUGGCCGGGGAUACCAAGGAAUACCCUCUCCGCAUGA